GGCGCUCGGCGCGGUAUUUUGAACAAUCGCCCUUUUCCUUUUCCUCGUUUUAUCUGGAAUCGUUGCCCAGCGUGAAAAAAACCUCCGGGUAAGCGGGACUACUUGUUGACCGAUCCCGCGGUUUUCUCCGCACUGCGUCCGGCUGAAAGGCCGCACACUUUUUUUUUUUUUUACCCAGUGUGUUAAAUGUGGAGGUAUAAUGUUGUGCUAGCUAGCUCGGGUUAGCGAGCUCAGCAAGUUUGCUAGUCCAGUUGUCUCGUAAUGAGGAGGAUAACGCGGGUUAGACGGGAGCCAAGAGGACAGGAUUGCUGCCGAAUCUCUGAGAGCUGAGACUUUGCAAGCAUGGACGUGGUGUCGCCAGAGCUCAACAGCCUCCUUCCUGAUGAGAUCAUGGACACUGAGGCCAUAGAGGACAUCCCUCGAUCCCAACCAGACGUCCAGUCGGUGCCCAGCGAUGACGCACCGGUUCCGAUGGAAACGGAUACGCCCGUGGCUUCGGAACAUUUGAGCCUCUGUUCAAAUGCCCAUUCGGCAGAACACACCAAGGCCCUCGCCACCGUCACGGCACUCGGCAUCGGCUCCGGAAGUCAGCUUCCCGCCUCAAUUUCCAGCACUUUGCCAUCCCUUCUCACCCUCAAACCAGCCGUGGCUGCCUCCAUAGCCACGACCAAAACUACGGACAGUUUGAGCGGGUCUAGUUUCUCGACGGGCGGGUUACAGAGGCUCACGGCUCCGUUCACCAUCUCUGCCGCGAACCACCAGUUCAUUCUCAACAAGGUGGCCUCAUCUCAAGCCACGGAAGCGGCGAAGUCUGCAGGCAUCUCGCCCCAGAUCAUCAAGCAGGAAGGACAAAAACUUUUGGUCACAACCAUAGGAAAGUCGGGGCAGCCGAUAGUGUUGCAGUUGCCGCACGCGGGAGGCAAGCCGGGCAUUUCACAGACAUUCGGAGAAAACAAAUGUCAAGCGCAGCAGUUUAAAGUGGUGACGAUCGGUGGGAGGUCGGAGCUGAAGCCGAUGGUGGUGGGUGCUGGGAACCAGUUGACGACAAUACAGGCCCAGCAGUUGAAGACCGUACAGAUUGCUACGAAAACUCCAGUAUCCUCCGCUGCACCAAUCAAGUUUAUCAUCACAAAAACUAUUAACAACAAAGGUCUAUGUCCUCAGACGUCGGUGUCUCCUGUUAUCGCGGGUCGGGUCCUGACGCAGACUCCCUCGAGGACCAUCACUCUGUCUGAGCCCCACAACUCUAACUUACAAUGUAUCUCCGGCAAAAAGAUUGCCAUUUCACCCCUUAAGACUCCCAGUAAGGUGACGGUGGUGUCCGUGGCUUCCCCGACCUCCAACGCCUCGCACAAGUCGCUGACGGUCAACGUAGCACUUGGCCAGCAGAUCCUCACAGUCCAGCAGUCCACAUCUGCAUCUCCAGUCAAGCUGACCACCAGCCACCCCACCACACAGAACAUUAAACCCAUGCAGUCUGUGACCAUGGGGGGGGUCGGCGGCUCCCAGUUCAAGACCAUCAUCCCGCUGGCCAGCCAGCCCAACGUGCAGCAGAUCCAGGUCCCGGGCAGCAGGUUCCACUACGUCCGCCUCGUCACGGCGACGACGGCGAGCGGCUCGGGGCACCUCGGCGUUCCCAGCACCAGCUCCAUACAGACAGCCAAACCCAUGGUGGUCAGUACCGGAGCGGUCAGGAUGUCCGUGCCCAUCGUCCCAGCACAGACCAUCAAGCAGAUGGUGACGAAGCCCUUGACGUCGGCCACGGUGAUGACCACCACCCAGACUCAGCAGCGGCUCAUCAUGCCCGCCACGCCGCUACCGCAGAUCCAGCCCAACUUCACCAACCUCCCCCCUGGCACCGUUCUGGCUCCAGCUCCAGGAGGAGGGAACGUGGGCUACGCAGUCGUGCCGGCACAAUACGUCACACAGCUCCAGCAGACGCCAUUCGUGACGCUCGCCAGCAGCUCUGGCUUCCCUGCGUCCACCGGCAUCCAGACUCAGGCCAGAUUGCCACUCAAUGGCUUGUCACCAGCCGAAACGACCUCAAGACCGAGGAAACCGUGCAACUGCACUAAGUCACAGUGCCUCAAGCUAUACUGCGACUGCUUUGCAAACGGAGAGUUCUGCAAUAAUUGUAACUGCAACAACUGCUUCAAUAACCUGGAACACGAAACGGAGCGUCUCAAAGCUAUCAAGACGUGUCUGGACCGAAACCCAGAGGCCUUCAAACCCAAAAUUGGUAAAGGCAAAGAGGGAGAGUCGGACCGUCGACACAGCAAAGGCUGCAACUGCAAACGGUCGGGCUGCCUGAAGAACUACUGCGAGUGUUACGAGGCGAAGAUCAUGUGCUCGUCCAUCUGCAAGUGCAUCGGCUGCAAGAACUUUGAGGAGAGCCCUGAGAGGAAGACGCUGAUGCACUUGGCCGACGCGGCGGAGGUGAGGGUGCUGCAGCAGACCGCCGCCAAGACCAAGCUGUCGUCGCAGAUCUCAGACCUGCUCAUGAGGACGACGCCGGUCAUCUCGAACGGAGGCGGGAGGUUGCCGUACACGUUCGUGACGAAGGAGGUGCUGGAGGCGACGUGCGAGUGCCUGAUGGAGCAGGCCAAGAAGGCGGAGCAGGCUCACCAGCCUCAGGUGGAGGCGGAGCGGAUGAUCCUGGAGGAGUUCGGACACUGCCUCAUGAGGAUAAUCAGCUCCGCGGGGAAAGCCAAAGCCGACUGCGCCUCCAUCAACUGCUAAGUCGGGCACUCUGGCAAUCUCCACCCUCUGACUUAACCUCCCUGCUGCGUGGGAGGGGGGCGGUGGGGGCCGGGAGGCAACGGAUCCCUCUCCGUCUCCGACCCCCGGGGUCUCUCUCCUGCAGGGAAACGGGUCGUCCCUCUUCAUGAAAAGGUGGAACAAUGGCCUGAAAGUAGAUUCCCCCCUCGCCUGAGGCCAGCUGGAAUAACAAACACGGAACGGACGUUUGCAAACGGACAAAUGGACAGAGCUCCCCGCCUCUGACGGACCCUCGAUCACCUGGCUGUGACGGACAGAACCGACUGAACAAGGUAGCGCAGGGAUUCCUUCGCUUCUAUUUCCCCCACAGGGCUCUUAUCAAAUCUGUUUGUGUUCUUUUAUUUUAUUCUUUUUUCCCCCUUACACGUCUGUAAUUUCCAUGUCAUGAUUUGUGCUUGCAGUAGACAAACGGUAUCUUUUGAUAUUUAUUUUUGACACGUAUAAAUGUGUGGCUUAUAGUGCUGCGAACUGAUAAUUAUUAACCGAGGCUAGGUGACGUUUCUUUCAAUGAAAAGGAGGAGAAAAACAAACGCACACACAGCACUGCUCACAAUAGCUUGAAGAUGGCUGGAUCGGUGGAGGUACGCAUUUCUUCUGGUGCUGCUUUCUGUUACGUGUGCGAUUUUUUUUUUUUUUUUUUUUUUUUGAACGCAAUGAAUGGAAAAAACAAUGAUGCCCCCGGGGGCAGACAAGGGAGAUGACUUCUGUUUUUGACGUUUCACAGCCAGGAAAAGCAAAGCGGUCCAUUUAUGACGCUUUCUUUUGCAUGUGUGACGGUCUCUGUGUUGUGUUUGGUGCCACUACACAACAACAACAACAGAACUGCUUGUCAGAACGUGGAGCAGCUCACUUUUCUGAUUUGGUGGGGGGGGGGAGCAAUUAUGUCUGGGGUGCAACACCAUGAAUGUCUUCCAGGUGAGAGAAUUCGCCACCGUAAAUCUCCAAAUUCUAAAACAAUGUUGUGUCUGCGGCUCUUCACUUAGUGUGGCCCUUCACAAGAAAUAUAUAAACACUUGAUUUCUGACGUUGUCGGACCAAUCGUACAGCAAAAGAAAAAAAUCUUACUGGGAAAUGUAAAAAAUCCCUAAAACCUUUUUUCUCAAUUAGCCUUCUUGCUGAAGGUAAACUGGUCCUACAUGAACAGUUUGUUAUUUAAAGUCUUCAAUGGGGAAAUUUGGAAUAAAACAAUCUUGAGCUUUGUUGCAUAUUAAUUAGUGAAGAGUGAAAAAAGUUGCUGGUUAAAUAUUCUAAAAUUUGAUGCAGAGCUGCUUAUUGCAGUCAUAUCUAAUUGUAUCUAAAAAAUAAAAACAAGCUUGUCUAUUGCAUCAUCCCAGGUUUCAUUAAAUUAUAGCGUCAUUUUUUACUAUUUUACUUCUAACCAGUGAGAAGGAGAGACGCUUAGACAAAACAAACACGUCGUCAUGUGACUGAAACUGUUGAAGCUUUAGCAAAGAACGGUGAGUUCACUUUUCCUCAACGCAAGAGGCUGAUUGAGAACAUCAGUGUUUGGGAUUUUUUUAAUUAAGAUUUACAAGUUCAUGUUCAAGUUAUUAUUUGCAUCUGUGCUAUUCCUUCUAUGAAGUGUCGUAAUAUCGGCUGUGUGAAAUGUCUGUUCAGAGUCGGGUUUUCGCUGAAAUUCACGAGCAUCUGGGUGGGAACCAGUGUGACUCCAAAAAUGUCAAAGUAUGCUAAACAAUACAGAGAGAAAGGUGCAUUCUGAGUCGGACAACAUUAUUUUUCUUUCUAUCUGUAAACGUCACAUGAAGGUUGGUUUGCUCUGUUGGAGACAAACAAUGUUAAUUCUAAUUAAAUUUUACUGGAAUAUGUAUUAAAAAAAUAAUGACAUAAAAGAGACAAUUACCCCACUUAUUCCAGUUUUGUUGUAAGCGUGUAAUGUUCACCCACUUAGUUGAUUUUUGUUUACACUAAUUAAUUUAUAUUGUCUGCUCCUGCUAGUUCAUCAAUUGAUAUAAACCAACCUUGCCUCCUCUUCAGCAAGACGUUUACUAACCACACGAGUGUCGGCUGAACAGUUUCACUUGCCCUCCUGACUUUGGAACAGUAAUUAAACUAUAGCCUUGUUUUAAGCUGAA